AAAAUAUAUUCUCGUAAUGUCUCAGUACGGAGCUAGUAAUAUGGGAUCCAUCUCUGGAACAAAGAAAUUUGGAGCCAGCACUGGAUUUGUUGAUGGAGGUAUGGGAUCUACUCACUUUAACCAAACCCAUACUUCAGUUGUGGGCUCUCAACAAACAACCGCCAAUCUUAAGGGAAAACUCAGUGCUCUACAAGAAAUGAUUAACCAGCUUAAUGAAGAGCUUAAUUUCCAUAAAAAGGAAGUUAGCAUCUUGAAAUCCGAAAAAGAAACCUUAGAAAGUGUCUUAACCGUAAAAACUCAAGAUGUCAGGAAGACACUCACUAAUGAAUUGUUCAGGGUUGAGGAAGGCAUGAAAAGACAUUAUGCACAUCAAAAAGCAGAAAAUUCGAGACUCCAACAGCAGGUCACCACACUUAAAGGAGAGAAAACAGCUCUUGAACAACAAAUGCUCUCUCUUCAGAGAAGAAUCGCAGAGUUGGAGGACCAAAUUGGUAACGAUGAAGAUUAA